GGAAUUAUUAAAGUUAAAUUCGAAGAUAAAUUUAGUAAAAAGAACUCAUCACCAGUUAGCCUAUUGUAACCAAACUAACCUCAAACAUGUCUGAAGAAACAAAUUCAAACACAACAAUUAAAAUUGAACCGAUAGAUGAUUACAAUGAUUAUCCUCAAGUGAAACAGGAAUUUGAUGAUUGCGAAAAUACAUCAAAUUUGCGUACGGAUAUAUGUCUGCAGCAAUUUCUUAAAUCUGAGGUUACAAUUGACGAGGAAAUAAAACAAGAGACAAUUGAUGACCAAGAUGAUGUGACUAGUACAAACAAAAUAGUUUCAGAUGAAAAUUCUUACAUAUGUGACGAAGAGAUCAGUAAUUCAAGUAGUUUAGUGGAUAGCACGAACAAAUCAUUUGAAGAAGUUUCUGGAAAAGGUGAAAGUACUGAUAACUUGAAACCCUAUAAAUGUGAAUUAUGCAAUAAAACAUUCUCAGCAAAACGAAGCUUAAUCCGGCAUGAAACGAAUCAUAAUGGAGAACGGCCUCAUGAGUGCAACAUAUGCAGUAAAAGAUUUUCACGGUCAAGUAGUUUAAGACAGCAUUCAUUGAUUCAUACUGGUGAGCGUCCUCAUAUUUGUGAAAUAUGUAAUGAAAAAUUCAGAUUGAAAAAAAACUUAAAUGAACAUAAAGUGGUUCAUACUGGAGUACGCCCUCAUGAGUGCGUAAUAUGCGAAAAAACAUUUUUAGGGUCAAGGGAUUUAAGAAGACAUAUGUUAGUGCAUACCGGAGAACGCGCUUAUGAGUGUGAUAUAUGCAAUAAAAAAUUCAAAACAAAACCACACUUAAUUAAACAUAAAGUGAUCCACACUGGAGAACGGCCUUAUGAGUGUGAUAUAUGCAAUCAAACAUUUACACAGGCAAGUAGUUUAAGCACACAUUUAUCAGUGCAUACUGGUGAACGUCCUUACGCAUGUGAAAUAUGUAAUAAAACGUUCAGAAUGAAAAACAUGUUAAAAAGACAUAAAGCGACCCAUUCUGGAGAACGCUCUUAUGAGUGCAACUUGUGUAAUAAAACAUUUUUAAGGUUAAGUGAUUUAAAAGUACAUUUAUUAGUUCAUACUGGAGAACGACCUCAUGAGUGUGAAAUAUGCAAUAAAAGAUUUGCACUGAAAAGUCAUUUAAGAAAGCAUUUAUCAGUGCAUAGUGAAGAACGACCUCAUGAAUGUGAGACAUGCAAUAAAACAUUCAAGACGAAAGAUAUAUUAAGGCUACAUGAAAAAAAACAUACUAGGAAACAAACUGUAAAAAAACAGACAACAAAUUAGUUGAAUAAGUCUAGAAACUG